GAAAGGAACGCAUUUCCGGCUCCGGUGUCAUGGCUGGUUGCUACCGUGAAGAGGUGCCCGUGGCCCGUGGCGGAAAGAGGCAGCAGUUCGGGAGCCGGUUCCUGAGCGACCCGGCGCGCGUCUUCCACCACAAUGCCUGGGACAAUGUGGAGUGGUCGGAAGAGCAGGCCGCGGCAGCGGAGAGGAAAGUCCAGGAGAACAGUUCCCAGCGGGUGUGCCAGGAGAAACAAGUUGAUUAUGAGAUCAAUGCCCACAAAUACUGGAAUGACUUCUACAAAAUCCACGAAAAUGGGUUUUUCAAGGAUAGACAUUGGCUUUUUACCGAAUUCCCUGAGCUGGCGCCUAGCCAAAACCAAAAUCCUUUGAAUGGCUUGCUCUUGGAGAACAAGAGUGAAAUACCUCAAUCUGGAAGCUGUGAGGAUGGACCUGGUUUAAAAAUAGAAGAACAGCACAAGUGUUCUUUGAACAGCCUUAGUCAUGAAACACAGAUGCCUCCUGUGGAGGAGAAUGUAACUAAGAAACUCAGUCAACUGGAAAUUUGUGCUGAUGAGUUUCCUGGAUCCUCAGCCACCUACCGAAUACUUGAGGUUGGGUGUGGUGUGGGAAACACAGUCUUUCCAAUUUUACAAACUAACAAUGACCCAGGACUCUUUGUUUACUGUUGUGAUUUUUCUCCCACAGCUAUAGAACUCGUUCAGACAAAUUCAGAAUAUGAUCCUUCUCGGUGUUUUGCCUUUGUUCAUGACCUGUGUGAUGAAGAUAAGAGUUACCCAGUGCCCACAGACAGCCUUGACAUCAUUGUUCUCAUAUUUGUUCUUUCAGCAAUUGUUCCAGACAAGAUGCAGAAGGCUAUCGACAGGCUGAGCAGGCUUCUGAAGCCUGGAGGGAUGAUGCUUCUGCGAGAUUAUGGCCGCUACGACAUGGCCCAGCUUCGGUUUAAAAAAGGUCAGUGUCUGUCUGGAAAUUUCUAUGUGAGAGGUGAUGGCACCAGAGUUUACUUCUUCACACAAGAUGAACUGGACACACUUUUCACUACUGCUGGACUGGAAAAGGUUCAGAACCUGGUGGAUCGUCGACUGCAAGUGAACCGAGGGAAACAGCUGACAAUGUACCGAGUUUGGAUUCAGUGCAAAUAUCGCAAGCCUCUUCUGUCCAAUGCUAGCUGAGAGACACCUGGUGCUGACACAACACGAGCUCAUUGUGUUGAGGGGUUUUUUGUUUGUUUCUUUUUGAGAGAGAGUCUCACUCUGUUGCCCAAGCUGGGGUGCAGUGAUGCAGUCAUA